AUGGACCUCGCGAUGAACCCAAAGCCGGGCCAGGAGUCUGCGGUGAUCGACUUUGCCCGUCACUUGUUGGAGAUGUUAGGAUACGCCCCUCGUCCGCGGGUGAUUCGGACGCGCUAUGAUAUCCCACUAUUCAUCUGCGGAGCGUGGAAGCACACACAAACGGACGUGUGCAUUAUGGACGAGGACGAGAUUCUUCUUCUCGUCCAAGAGAACAAGCGCCAUCUCGAACAAGUCGACGCGGAACCUCAGCUCAUUGCCGGAGCAAUAGCGGCGUUCCGGACGAUGAACAUGAUUCGGAAGCCGCCGCCUCCCCUCCAGUAG